AUGACUGUUACAAACAGCCACAGAGUGGAAAAUCAAUCCGACUCUCAACUUAAAGCUUCUGCAGAACCAACCAACGGGAAUAGUCCGAUCACCUCGGCACAUUCUAAUGGACCUACGCCGCAGUCGCAUGAACAAGAUGAAAAGAACCACGAAUACAAUGUCCAAAAUGCAGAGGAAACGACGACAAAACGCCAGUAUUGGACUGGUUUUGUGGAUAUAAUAUUCUGGACACCGCCGCGAUGUCGAUGGGAUGCGGAGAAUCCGUGCAAGUUCGGCUUGCCUUUAAAUAUCCUCUUCGCAUUCUCCGGGACUUUCACAGUCGCGAAUCUGUAUUAUUCGCACCCUAUUCUUGAUGUGCUUGCCCAAUUCUUUGGCGUCACCUAUGAGCGAGUCUCAUUGAUUCCGACCUGCAGUCAGGCUGGGUACGCAACAGGUUUAAUCCUACUAUGCCCUUUAGGAGACUUGGUUAGAAGAAGGCAUUUCGUCUUAUUGUUGACGUUUAUCACCGCGGCCUUGUGGAUUGGAGUUUGUAUCACGAAAUCAUUCGAGAUAUUUCUUGUUCUGAGCUAUUUAAGCUCUGUGACUACUGUGACUCCACAAAUCAUGCUUCCCCUCGUUGGUGAUCUCGUACCUCCAGCUCGCCGCGCAACAGCCCUAUCUAUCGUUUCUUCCGGGCUCGUCCUAGGACUUCUCUUCGCCCGCCUUCUCUCAGGCAUAGUAGCAGAAUACUCCUACUGGCGAAACAUCUAUUGGCUAUCACUAGCCCUCCAAUUCCUCAUCUUCGCCCUACUCUGGAUGUUCAUGCCAGACUACCCAAGCACCAACACCAACAUCUCCUACUUCAAAAUCCUAUAUUCGAUCAUCGGCUAUUACUGGACAUCUCCAGUACUAGUACAAGCAACACUAAUGGGAUUCUUUCUCUCCGCCACAUUCACCAGUUUCUGGACAACCCUCACCUUCCUCCUAUCAGGAGAUCCAUACAACUAUGCAACCUUGACGAUAGGACUGUUCUCCCUAGCAGGGUUGACACCAAUGUUCCUGGGUCCGUUCUACUCACGCUAUAUGAUCGACAAAUUUGUGCCGCAGCUAUCCAUUCUCGUCAGUUUGAGCAUACUCAUCAUUGGUGUUAGCGUUGGUACGUAUACGGGAACCUAUAGUGUCGCCGGUCCGAUUAUCCAAGCUGCACUGCAGGACUUUGGUCUGCAGAUGACGCAGGUGGCUAAUCGUACAGCUAUCUAUAGCGUUGCGCCCAAGGCUCGCAACAGGAUCAAUACUGGCUAUAUGAUAGGUGUAUUUUGUGGUCAGUUGAUGGGUACUUCCGUUGGGAAUCGCAUCUAUAGUGAGGGGGUUGGAUUCUGACUGGAAGUGUCAGUUUGGCAUUUAUUGGGGCAGCUCUGUUUAUUUGUCUUCUUCGUGGGCCGGCUGAGAAAAAAUGGAUUGGGUGGCAUGGCGGUAUUCGGAUCCGGCGAGCGGAGUAGCGCCUGGGAUUUUGAUAUUUCUAUUUGGUUUUCUUGAAGACGGCCAUUCUCAAUACGUUAUAGAUUAGAUUAUACAUAGG